AAGUAGAGGAGGGAAGAAAGAUGGAGAUGUUUGUGAAGAAAGAGUACUUAGAUUUGGUUCUUGUCCCAUUUGGGUUAAUCAUAGUUUUGUCUUACCAUCUAUUUCUUCUUUAUAGAAUCCUUUAUUAUCCUUACCACACCAUUAUCGGUUUCAUGAACAUCGAUAAAUCCAUUUGGGCAAGAAAAGACGAAUUGGGCGGUGCUUUAACUGUUCUUUCGAGCAGUAUAUCAGCUUCAACAUUUAUGGCAUCCAUUGCUUUAACACUGAGUUCACUUAUCGGCGCGUGGAUCGGAAGCUCGCCGGUCAAUAUGACGGUUUUUACCGGACAUUUUGUAUAUGGAGACACAAGUUCAAUCACAAUGGUCAUCAAAUACACUUCUCUCCUCGUGUGUUUCCUGGUCGCUUUUUGUUGUUUUGUUCAAUCCACGAGAUGUUUCUUACAUGCGAACUAUCUCAUCACAACUCCCGGCGAAGAUAUUCCGCCGGAAAUGGUGAAAAGGGCGGUCUUGAGAGGCGGUAACUUUUGGUCGGUGGGUCUUAGAGCUCUUUACUUGGCUCUUAAUCUAUUGUUGUGGCUAUUCGGACCGAUACCGAUGUUUAUAAACUCGGUUUUGAUGGUUACUUGUUUGUAUUAUCUCGACUCGAACUCGGUGGCUCAGCCUCUUUACCACCGGACGUUCAAGGCGGAGCAAACUGUUAAGAUGAUGAGAGGACUUUUGCCUGAACCUUUGACUUUUAGAUGUAAC